ACAUGCGUUCUUCAUUUAGAGAAUAUCACCGAAUAUAUAAAUAUUCAUUUGAUAUAUUUCAUCUGUAUACAUAUGUGUUGAAAAAUUGUUGUUUUAUUUCGUUUUUUUCAGCGAAUUGUCCGAUUCGAAAUCGAAAUGAGAAAGUACAAUAAUUCUAAAUUUGAUAAAACAGUGUUUUGUUGACCCAAUAUGUAUUUUAUAAAGUAUUAUGUUGUUGACUUCAAACUUCGUGGUAAAAAACACAAAACACAAUUUGUGGCUCUUUAUCAGGUUAAAAAUACUGAUUUGGCAAAAAUCGGGCAAGUAAAAAAUAAAUUAACAAAAUAAGUGGAGUGUUGUUAAUACAUUUCAUUGUAAAACUAACUUCGAUAUAUGCAGUUAUUGAUGUAUAAGCAUGUGCAUUUCUUUUUUCAUAUGAAACUCAUUGUACUAAGAGUAAAGCAGAAAAAAUAAUUGAACGAUCAGAUAGGCGAACGAACUUUUGUAUGUCGUGAAGAUUCACUUCUUAGUACAAAACCCUGAUAAAGAUGCAGACGAACCAAAAAACCCAAGCAUUAUGUUGGACCGUGCUUUUUUGUUUGUUAUGUCAAGUUACGACAUCGGAUGAUGAUUUGGAUGAUUUUGAUUUCAGUGACUUGAAGGAAAUUGAAUGGAAUUACGACAGCGAACGAGUCCGAGAUCAAUUACAUAAAGCUGCUGAGGAUACCAAUAUUCAACCUUUUGUAACUAUAGGCGACUUGGAAGAAGAAAACCAAAUUCGCCCUUUUAAUUUAAAAGAGCAUGUCUUGAGAAAUGCUCUUUCAAAAGCAUUGACAAACGAACAGUUGCGUCAAAAAUUUGUAGAAGUUAUGCCAAUACUACGUGUAUUAUCUCCUCAGCAGAGAUUAGCUUUAUCUGCACUAAUUGCAGCACAAAUUAAUGUAAAGGGAGACCAAGGUCUAAAAUUAGAACAGGUGCGCAUGAUGUUUGGAAAUGACAAGAAACUGCUGUUGCCAAUUGUAUAUGAUAUUGCAAAUCUUGUACGUAACUCAGCUCGAAAAUACUUAAUUUUGGAUCUCAAUUUACCAAGACAGAUUAACAAACAAGCAGAUAUAGAACGUCGUAUGGAAGAUGUAUCUUCAGUUGAAUUAUUAGGCAAGGGAGAUGUUAAAAGAACUGAUGAUUUCUCAAUCGUUAGUGGGCAAAAUAGUAAUGGAGUAUCAUUAGAUAAUUUUUUUAGUGGAACUGGUGAAGAGAUGUUAGAUCCACAAAGUAUAAAUGAGGAAUUGCAAGAAGUAUUGAAUACAACGUCCCACAUAGUCGAUAAAUUUAGUACUUUUAAUCCGAUAGAAGAUUCAACGAAGCGAAUCAAACGAGCGGUUACAUCAGAGUUUGUACAUAAAUUAAUACGAUCAGAUUUACCAUCAAUUGAAGAUGAAGAUAUUGGUCGUAAGGUUACUGAAAAUAUAAUAAAGUUGAACACCACAGGAUUUGUUAAUGCAAAAGAAUUAAGUAGUGAUCCUUUAGCUAGCAGUAAUCGAUCGAUUGGUAUCGAAUUUCAAGAUAAUGGAAAUGAAACAGUUACUGAAAAUCAACUUCAACAUUCAACUUUACAUCAAGAAGUUGAGAAUCUUGCUUUUGCCAGUUUAAAAGGAAUCAAAGUGAAUCUCCAAAACAACAAUGGAUCCACUGUAAAUGGGAUUGCUGAACUUUUACCAAUUCCAGAAGAGCUUAUUGCAGGUCCACGAUAUCGCGUUACAAGCAAUAAAAAACACCCCAGCCGAUUUAAACAAACAACAACUAAGCGGAAACGAGGACAAGUUUCGCACAUUCGUUCUAAUAUCGAAACGCAAUAUAAUGGAGGCGGAACCGGUAACGAUGUUUUGUCACACAAAAAAUGUGAAAGGUUCACUUCUUCUAUGUGCAUUCGAACCGAGGACUAUCCGCUAGAUCUAAUAAUGGGUAGCAUUCGACGACAUAAGAACGCUAUGGUCGCUUUAUGGGCCGAUUACCAUGACAAACAUGCUCAGUUGGAUGCAACUGAUGAUUUUGAUGACUUUUCUAUUCGUCGUAAAGAAAACGAAGCCCCUGGAAGUGGAAUGUGCCAGAGCAUUGUACGCUAUGCACGUCCUCAAAAGGCUCGUUCCGCAUCUGGGGAAUGGAAAUACAUAGUUAACACUGGUCAGCAUACUCAAACCCUCAGGUUGGAAAAAUGUGUUGCACCUCAGGAGAGUUGCUCUUAUUUGUCACACAACUAUCGUUCUCGUUGCACUCAGGUCUAUAAUUAUCAUCGCUUACUUAGUUGGGAUAAGUCCCGUGGCUUACAUGUGGAUAUAUUCAAAGUACCUACUUGCUGUUCUUGUCAGAUUGAUGGUUUUCGACAGCAUUUUCCGUUCAAAGCAGAUACUAAAACAAAAGAUUUUACAUCAACACUCAAUUCAGAUACUUAUUCGACUAUUAAUGAAGAACUCGACUACGAGCAGGAUGAGGAUGAUUUAAAUUACCAACUCAAUAAUGGUCAUAGAGGAAAUCAUAAAAAAUAUGAUAACAAUGAAUUAAUAGACAGUCGAUCUAAAUUUCAAUCUCCGACUCCUACAUUGGGGACAUAUCUAAUACCACCAGGUGGUGAAGAAGAGUUUGACUUCAUUGAUUACAAGCCAGAACUUCAGCAUAAACAUCACAAUUUUGGUUCUUCUUUGGGUGCAUCGGCCGCUACGAAAAACAUAAUAAGGAAUUCGCAUCGUAGACGACCAUAUAAAACACUGACUCCAGCCAAUAUAUUCAAUGAAGAACGUGUAGAUUUGGACAUUGCCCCAAGUGAGCUACAUCAGAAGCAAGAGGUAAACUUUUCUGCCAGCUCUUUGGCAAAUCUUAAUAAGCGAAUUCCACAAAAACGGCAACGUAUUCAUUCUGUGCUCCAUACAGCUCCAAUUGGCACGUCAUCCAUUGCCCCAGCAGUCGCUGGCACGACCUCAUCUACUGUCAUCAUUAACUCAACCAUGGCAGGGAAAGACCGAACCUCUCCAACAACGACCGUUAAGCACGGAAUUGUCGAAAAUAGCAAUAGCAUUUCCACCAAUGCCCACCAAACGUCAGGGCCGAAAUCAAUCUACACUGGUACUCAACAAAAACAAACCAAUUACAGCAACAACAUCAAGGUUAACAGACAGUACCUUGGGAAUACAGAGCAGAACUCAAUACUACGAUUUCGCUCAGAAGCACGGCCAAUUAUUACAACAGACACUAAAACAAGACAGAGAUACAAAACAUCAACGGCGGGCUACCCAAAUCAGUGGAGUUUUCCGCAACGUGAACAACCGACGUCCACACAGCCCCAACAAGUUCAUCCAUUCCGUGUAAACUCCUUGUAUAUUCCUGAAAAUAGUUCCGUUGACUUUAGUGAUUCAGCAGACCCUUCACGAAUGACAUCUGAGCCUGGUGUAAAAAGGAUAAACUAUAGUUAUCAUCCUAUUAUUGACUUUUUUGAAAAUCAGAAGUAUUCUACCGCCGUUGCAACAGUAAAAACAGUAGAUGAAAGGAAGAAAAUAGAUGACAGUAGUGAAGGACAAAUAUAUCCCCAUACGAUUAUGAAACCACGUCCAUCACUUGUUUUAAAAGACUUAGGCGCCAAAUCAGGAAAUGGCGGAGGCGGUAUGAGUUUGCAUGAUAGAACUGGAAGUACUGUAGAUAAUGUAGAUAGUUUUCAUAUGGAUGACAAUACCUGGCAACCGGUUCUAAAAAAAAUUAAAGAUCAUUCUUAUUAGAAAAAUAUUUCCUAUUUAUAGAUAUUUCCCGAAUAUAUACUCUAAUGUAUUAAUUCGAAAUAUAUUAUUUAUUAUUUAAUUUAUUCAACUUAUUUAACUAUUUAUUUAACUAUUUAUUUAUUUUAUUUAAGUUUAGGACUAUUUUUUCCAUAUAUGUAUUUGUACAUUUCUAUUUCGUUAAGAAAACUAAUGACAAAUAGGAAUAAAAAUACAUAAAUCAUAGAUUUAAUAAAAAUAUAUUUGAAAAAAAAAAAAAAUAUGUAUUGAGUUUGUUUAAUUAGUGUCUAUUUCAUUCAAAAUUCUUUCAUGUAAAAUAUUAUGAGUGAAAUGAUUUGAGCGAUUAAGCUAAAAACGACAAAGAAAUAAGAUCGCAUGAAAAACAAAUAAGGACGGGCUAAGUUCGGUUGUAACCGAACAUUUUAUACUCUCGCUAAUUAUUUAUUUAAUUUUAUUGUCAUAACUAACAAAUUGGCUAAUAAAUUACAUAUAUAAUAUAUGGGUUGGGGUAAUUUCUGGACCGAUUUCACAUAGUUCUUCCACCAAGUUACAUUGUAUCCAAGACCCUACAUUCCCUUUAUUUUAAUAAUAUAUCUUAUAUAUUAACCGAUAUAUCGGUAUAAACCCUUCAGAUGUUUGAUAUCUUAAUAUUAGAUACAUUAUUAGAAUUUGUAUUUAUUUUUCCUUCAAAUAUAUUCAGGAUGUCUGCAAUGUCUCUGUGUUUGACUAUCAUAUUACGCUUCUAAUUGUUGAUAUCAGUGAACAGAGCUUUUUAAUUUGAUUUGGUAAUCACAAAUUUCACAUCAAGUCAGCGGUGUUCGGUUUGAAACAGAUCGACAUGUAAUUAUGUUUAAGAGAUAUUAAAUAAAUAAUUAUCUUUCGGAUCUAAUUGAUUCGAAUAACGAAAGCUCGUAUGUGUAUGGUAUUUGUUUCUUUAGUUAGUAUACGGAAGUGGUAUUGAAUUUAAGCAAAUGCAGGUGCCAUAUCUUCAAGCGAGACUCCAAACAUAGAAAAUUAAUAUUUUUAAGUAUGGUUUUUAGUUUUAGAUUUUCCGAUAAUAAAUAAAAUAUUUCAAGGCCCCUUUUUUGAACAUUGGCAAAUAAGGUAGAUUGAAUGUUUAGAUUAGUAUUCGGUAUAUCACUUGUUGCUAUAUAUUGGUCCACUGGUUAAAAAUAUAUAUCAAGCUAAAUAUCUUAAAGACUACAUAGUCCGCAUAGUCCCUCUACGUUAUCUGUAAUUGUAUUUGCUGUAUAAUUUUUAUAAAAGAAAUUAUUUGCGGUAGGAAAUCAUUUCCGCUUUAUUAUAGUUGGGGGCAGUGAUGGAAAGAAAUCAUUUCUCUUUCUUUUUCACGAUUUUAGUUACUCUGGCUGUACACCAACUUGUUAUUGGAUACUGCUUUGUCGAGUUGGUAAAUAGACAAUAUGUAUGAAAUUUUGUUUAUAAAUUCCUUGUGAAGGUAAAACCGUGGACAGUUUAAGUGCAACCAAUGUGCAGUGCGGUUGAUAUUUCAUAUUUUAAGUGAAUAAAACCAUACGGACAGUCAUGAAAUAUUGGAAUAAAAUAAUCGCGCUAAGCAUUUUGGGUUUUCCAUUGUGCUUCGCUCUUAAUUUAAAAGAUUUGUCAUUUGAAAUUUUAUCGGACAAAGUAGCACGGCAUUUACAAGGCGUUCAACAAGUACGAAUCAUUCAACCAGAGUCAAUGAACCCAGAGUUAAUGAAAGUUUCCUCUGUGAAAUCACUUGACAACAAAUGGCCAAAGAAAUUGAACGAAGUAAAAUUGCCAUUCGUAGAAAUGAAACAAAACCAAUCGAAAAUACAAAUGCAAAAACAACUUGUAAGUGAUUCAAACAAGUCGAGUGUAUUAUUACUGAUUACUCGGCUCCAAUAUGUGCCAAUUUUAAUGGCAUCCACUUCACUGCCGCGCGAAAUCUUAGCGUCAGUUCGUAAAAACGAGAAACUACUUAAUCAGCAAAAACAACGGAUAACACAUCGUCACAAAAAGUUCACAACUCAUACCGUGGUCCUGAAGGUGGCUAACAAGCAAGAUAAGUUUCGUCAAGGCAACAAUCAUAAAAGUUUGUCCCAGAAAUGGCGAAGAAAUCGCGUUCGUCGUGAGUUAAAGAAUGCAUCUAAUUCAAAGGUCGAAGAAGAAAUUAAAAAGCAGCAAUUUUCUUCGGAUUUAGUCGAUAAUGCACAACUAAUUAUUCAAAAAGGAAAAUUGUUGUUAUGGCACUUGGAUGAAUUAUUUAAGGAUGCUAAUUUUUAUUUGCCUAAAGAAGGAGAAGUGAUAAACAGGUUCAGUACAAAUUCCAGUAUGAAUAGAGUAAGAAAUCGUAAAUUAGUAACAAAGAGAUUAGCGCCUCAAAAGUAUCCGGAGUACAAAAUAAAUGAUACGAUUGAUUCAACAAUUUUAAUCCUCAAAACUCAUGAAGAGAAUAAAAUAAAGAGAGAUUCGUAUAUUUUAAAACACACUUGUUCUAAGCAACCUGAUCGGAAAGCGGCUGAAAUACUUCUCUAUAAAGAUGUCAUAGCAAAUAUACGAAAUAUGCAACAUACACAAAAUAUAUAUCCAAUUAAAGGAGAACGAGCAGAAAAAAAAAUUACGAAACAACAUAUAAUAUUGAAAUAGAACAAAGUUAGGUGAUUCAAAUGCAAUUUGUUAUUUCCACCAUAUUUCAGUAGAAAAAAGUGUUUCCUGAUUUGACAAACUUAAUAUUGUGCGUGUUAAGAGACAAAUGAUCAGUAUAAAUAAGUUAAUAUGUAUUGACGAGCGGUUAAAACACAAAAAAUUGAUUACAAUUUAAGAAAAGGUACAGUCGGGUCAAAUACUACUAACAAGUUAGCUAUUUGUGGAAUUUGUUUGCUAAUAUCAUAUCAUUGCGAAGUCAGGAAGAUACAGAAUUUCAAUAAAAUUGGUCUAGUAGUUUCGGAGAUAUAAUUUUUGACCCAAAAGUGGGCGGAAUCACGCCCAUUUAAAAUUGUGUAUACUAUUUUGAGUGCAGCUCUUCUGUACCAUCUCUGUAAUUAAAUUUAAGGUUUCUGUUGGUUUUCAUUGCUGAGUUAAAGCAUUUUCAGUAGUUUUCAACAUAAUCUUUGUGUGGGAGGUAUGCGUGGUUAAAAUCAGAUUUCCCACAUUUUUGGAUUGUAUAAGGAAGUAGAAAAAGAAACGAAUCUAGAAAGUGUCCUUGAUAUAGCUUGAGUAGUUUACGAGAUAUGAAUAAAAAACUUAUUAGGGGACGGGGCCACGCCUACUUCCCCAAAAAAAAUUACAUCAAAAUAUGUCCCUUCAUAGUGCGAUUCUUCAUACCGAAUUUCACUUUCAUAAGUUAAUUUAUGCCUAAGUUAUAGGUCUUUAUAUGUUAUCGGUUAUCGCCAUUUUGUGGGUGUUUCAGUGGUCCGAUUUCGCCCAUCUUCGAACUUCCUUUAACCUUCUUAUGGUUCCAAGAAAUACGUGUACCAAGUUUCAUCAUGAUAUCUACAUUUUUACUCAAGUUAUUGCUUGCACGGACGGACGGACAGAAAUCCGGAUUAGAACUUUACUCGGCACCCUGAUCAUUUUGAUAUAUGUAUAUAAUCCUAUAUCUAACUCGUUUAGUUUUAGGACUUACAACCAACCGGUAUGUAAACAAAACUAUAAUACUAUCUUUAGCAACUUUGUUUCGAGAGUAUAAAAAUCUAAUAAAAAUGUGAAAAUUGUAAGCCGCCAAUAUAAAAUGCAUUAAACCUUUAAAUGAUUAAAUUUCACUACUUUUUAUACUCUCGCAACAUGUUGCACAAGAGUAAUAUAGUUUUGUUCACAUAACGGUUGUUUGUAUCACCCAGAAAUAAAAAAGUUAGAUAUGAGGUUAUAUAUAUAUAUAUAUAUGAUCAGGAUGACGAGUGAAGUUGAAAUCCGGAUGUCUGUCCGUCCGUCUGUCUGUCCGUCUGUAACUUGAGUAAAAAUUGAGAUAUCUUAAUGAAACUUGGAACACAUAUUCCUUGGCAUCCUGAGGAGGUUGCUUUCGAAGAUGGUCCACCGCCACGCCUACAAAAUGGCGAAAACCGAAAACAUAUUAAGUGUCAUAAAUAAAGUUAUGAAAGUAAUAUUUAGUACAAAAGAUCGUAUUAGGGAGGGGUACAUUUGGAUGUAAUUUUUUAGUGGGCGUAGCCCCGCCCCAAAAAGGUUUUUUGUAUAUAUCUUGCAAACCAAUUAAGCUAUGUUAACCAAACUUUCAGAAGCCGUUUCUUUCAGCCAUUUCCUUAUACAGUCCAAAAAUGAAAUAAAUUGGAUAUAUACAAAUAACCUAUUUUGGGGGCGGGGCCACGCCCCCUUAAAAAGAUACAUCCAAAUGUGCCCCUCCCUAAUGCGAUCCUUUGUACCAAAUUUUACUUUCAUAACUUUAUUUAUGUGUAUUUAUUAGUUAUGAUACUUUAUGUGUUUUCGGUUUUCGCCAUUUUGUGGGCGUGGCGGUGGACCAUCUUCGAAAGCAACCUCCACAGGGUGCCAAGGAAUAUGUGUUCUAAGUUUCAUUAAGAUAUCUCAAUUUUUAAAUACAAUUUAGAAUACGUCUUAAGUAACUAAUUAUAUGCAUGUGUAUGUCUAUAUGUAUAUUUUAUAUGUUGCACGAUAAGGGGUUAUUUCAAAAGCACACAAGCAAUUGCCCAAAUGUAUUUUUAUAGCCAAUAGGUUAUCUUGUGCAUACAUAUAAAUAUGUUUGUAUUUGUAUGUAUAUAUUAGUUGAGUGCAUGCGUGCCACAUAUACAUAAAUGUAUUUGUGCUGCAUGCAUGCGUGCCACACAUAAAUGUAUGCUUGUUGCAUGUAAAUGCAUAUAUGUUUAUGUGUUUAUUUAUGUAUACAAAUUUAUAUUUUAUAGUAGUGCUGAGACUAAAAAGUAAGCAUGUUCAAUGAUAUUUGAACACUAUAUAUAAUGAUUUUCAUUAUUAUAUUGGACGUUAUGCCGAAUAUAUAGCACAAAUUGUGUUAUCGUAAUAAAACUUUAUCAAUAAUUUCCGAGAGUAUAAAAUGUUCGGUUGCAUCCGAACUUAGCCUUUCCUUUCUUGUUAUUUAAAUAAAUUCAGUGAAAAAUAAUUCGCACAUGGAACUAAAAUUAAGUAUAAUUAAUGAUCGUUCAUGCAAGAAGGAAAUUUACUUUGACUAUUUAUUAUUAACAAUUGCAUUAGUAUAUAUACAACGUACAUACAUAUAUAAUACAACGUAGUAAGCUGUCACACACUUGGCACGCACAAUUUUCAUCAACAUCGGCGCGGCAAUAAUGGUAAGAAAUUCAUACAUACAAAUGGGUAAUUAUCAAGAAUCACAAGGUUUUGUUGACAUGCAAGUACUUAGUUCAGCCGUGGAAAUCACUUAAAUUUGCAGUCCGGGCCACAUUUUAGUACGAAAGAUAAAACUAGAAAAUGUUGUGUGCUUAAGCUAUUGUCAAAAAGCGAUGAAGAAAAACUUUAUCCGCGGAAACCUUGAUGGGGUUUUGAAUUAAAACUAAAGAGACUUCGCUGUUUAGUACUUAACAUUUCCAUUGUUUAAAAAUAUACAUGCUUUGUUGUUGUGUUUUAUUUGUUGUACAUAGUCAGCAAAUCGAAUUUAUGGGGGUGAGUGCUUAUAAAAGCUUUAAUAGUCAUUUUGUAGUUAUCAGUUGUGAUUGUUAUACGGUAACUUAAUAAACAGCAGAAAAUUCGCAAUUUUAUUUUAUUUUUUAUUUGCUCAAACGGUUAAAGGAUUUUUGUCGAAAAUAUAAACCAUAAUAAAUUAUUAUGAAUUUGCUAAAGUGUUGUCAGAUGAUAUCUAUGGCUUUGUUAUGCUCAAUAAUAAUAAUGGCUAAUGCAAUUCAUGCGGCGCCUAAUACAAAGCAAAUUAUAGAAUCAAGUCACACACACGACUUAGAUAGUGACGUCGAUAGUGAAAAAGAUGAUUUGCAAUCCUCCUCUUCAAUUGGUUAUGGGUACUACUCGUACCCUUACCUGAAUGGUGGAAUCUAUGGAGGAUACUAUCCAUACUAUGGCGGUAUAUAUGGCUUAGGUUACCCUUAUUACGGUGGCUACUAUGGCGGUCAUCACGGUUUUCAUGGCCAUUACUGGUAAAUGAAGAUGGAAUAUAUGCAAUCAACGUCUAUAAGAAAAUUUAUAAAAAAUUUCAAAAAAAAUGUAUCGUGUUGAUCAAUAAAUAAUAAAAUUAACUAAAUAAUUUUUUUGAUUAAAGUAUUUUAUUUAUUUAACAAAAAAUUAAUAAUAUAUAUUUGGCAUAACCGCAGU